AUGGGACCCAGGACAGGAAACAGUCACCAUGUCUUCAACUUUGCUUUGGAGUGUCAGUCCACCCUGGAUGCUGCACGAGCCAGUGGCCGUGACCAACAGCUGCAGCGUGACUUUCCCAGGGCCCUGAUUUUCAGCACCGAUGAUUUUUUCUUCAGGGACGAUGGUGCCUAUGAGUUCAACCCGGACUUCUUGGAGGAAGCUCAUGAGUGGAACCAGAAGAGAGCAAGGAAAGCAAUGCAGAAUGGCAUAUCCCCCAUUAUUAUUGAUAACACCAACCUGCACGCCUGGGAGAUGAAGCCCUAUGCAGUCAUGGCACUUGAGAAUAACUAUGAAGUUAUAUUCCGAGAACCCGACACUCGCUGGAAAUUCAACGUUCAAGAGUUAGCAAGAAGAAAUAUCCAUGGAGUGCCAAGAGAAAAAAUACACCGGAUGAAAGAACGGUAUGAACACGAUGUUACCUUUCACAGUGUCCUUCAUGCAGAAAAGCCAAGCAGAGUGAACAGAAACCAGGACAGGAACAGCGCACCUUCCAGUGGCUCUGGGUACUGGAGCACCUACACAGAGCUCCCCAACCGAAGGGCUCAUGGCGGCUUCUCCAACGAGAGCUUCAGAAGAGGUGGCUGUCACCAUGGAUAUUAGCGGUCUGUGCACAGCCAUUGCAGAAUUUUCCUAAAGAAGUUUCUACUUCGAUUUUUGGUAUUUAUUCUUUGUUCAGUUUUAGCCAGAGCUCUAAUUCAGUGUAAAUAGCCAAAGCCCAGAAGUUUCUGAACAGAAGUCAUUAUAUUUGUUAUCUCCAACAAGCAAUGUCAGAGUGCGCCCUUAUGGCCUGAUGCCGAGGGUUCUGCUGAGGGCUCGAGGGUCUUUCUCUAGGGAAGUUGAUUUGAACCUGAAAUCUAAGAUUAUCAGUUAGCUGCACAGAGUCAUAAACAAGGUGUUACUGGUACAUUUCUGUGGGCUACAGUACCACUCACUGUCUUAGACAGAUCCAUCUUCUCCAUAGAGCUGGAGAGUGAGGGAGGCAGAAGCAAAGGCAGGAAGCAGCUUUGUGCCAUUACUACUCUGAUAGUCUGCAUCUAGAGACUAAACUCCUUACCCUAACGGCUUUAGACUUAAAGCACAGAAGGAAAUGUUGCUCUUCAAGGUGACAUUAGGGGACUGCCUCUCUUAUUUUAAUGAUGUGUCACUGUUAAACAUGCCUGUGAAUUCUUAGGAACAAAGGUAACUAAAAAGAAUCGGUACUAUUAUAGUCAGACCCUGCGCUCUGCAGUGUCAGCAGGACAGACCCCUCCCUCUGGCUCCUAGUCUAACUGUAAAUAAACCUGCUUUUGCAAAACACCAGUUUUAAAGAAUCAUCAAGUGAUUUGUAUAACUAGUUAGCAACCUGGAUGUUUAGGAGUGCAAAGCAAUGAAGCAGCUAGGGUGUAGGUCAUACAAGGAAAUGUGAAGUCAUGCUCACUGAGAUGACCAGGCUAUUUCAUUUGGUGUUGACAGUGAACUGUACAAUGUACCUCAGAUCAGUUAUGAAUUUAUGAGUCCAAAUUAAAUCCCAGCAGGCUGGAAUCAGAUUCAUUUGGUACGAGACCGUGACACGACCAUGUGGGAUAUAUGCUGUACUUAUUUUCUGGCCAACAGCUUCUUUCUAAUGUUUUGUGAACUAUUACUUUAAAUGUCUUAUAUAAUGGUGCUUUUAUGGUUAUUAAAAUUGUAUAUGGUAUUGCA